CUCAGCCAGCCGCCAGUCGUGGUUGAAUCCUGGUUGCCGUUGGUUGUGUGGACGCCCGGGAUCUGGUGGCAGAGUGGUCUCAGUAAUUACCAGCAACGAUGGCUUUUUCGAAGUCUGGCGUGUUAGCUCAAGCUUUGAUGCUCCUCCUCGUUCCAGCAAUAUUUGGAGAGCACGACGCGAGCCCUCAAGGCCCUGAUCCUUCAAGCCGCAUUUUCGAGGGCAAACUAGAGGAACUUAUACAACAGGCUCUUAAACCCUUGGCUAAUCUUACCCUGCCUGCUCUCCCAACCAUCGAGGUCAACAUUGAUAAUAUUGCGAGUGUCGCCAUGAGCCUGACUGACCUCGAGCUGAAAGGACUCAACAUCGUCAAUGUUGCGAAUUUAAACCCUGGGAACAAGGACAACCCACUGGUCCUGAACCUCAACCUACCAAGGGCGGAGCUGACGGGGUUCUACUCGUCUGGGGGACACCUCAUUAACGUCCCUCUGAAUGGGGAGGGACCCCUGAGCGUGAUCAUACAUGACCUGGCUAUCACGAUGUCCUUCGGCUGGGAAAAGUACAAUAUUAUCCAGGGUGAUUUCUGUGCGGGGUACAACAGCUCAAGCAUCGACAUCGACCUUCGACGCUUGGAGGUCAACUUCGAGAACCUCAACCCCACGGAAGCCGAACAAGGCGAACUCGUCAACACUAUGCUCUCCUCCUUCGGUCCGGACAUCUUUGACUACGUGGAAACGUUCCUCGACACAACGUUUUACGAAGCCAUCGACAAUGCCAUUAUCGAAGUGGUCAAUAACCAGUCGUGUAAAAGCAAGCCGAUUGAGGAGAUGCCGGAGAUCGACCUGAGUGGAAUAAAUGUUGAAACAUUUGUUCAUCAGUUAACUGAGCAUUUCGUUCAGUUCCAGGACAAUAUAAGUUUUAACUACUAGAAUAAUGAAAGAAUGGGCGUUCAAUUCACAUUUUAAAUAGAUUGCCAAGUGUUCCCAGGACAAAAUAAUACACUUCAUGAAGCAGAAAUAAUCAAUAAUUUAGAAACUAAAACAGCAUUGCACAGAGUCGUUUCAUGUAUCCUUAUUUAAGGAUAAUGUUCCUGACAAUGGGACAUAUGUGAUAAUAUUUGGACAGGGAAGCAUGCUUUUCUUUAAUAAAAUGUAAUGUAAUUUCCUAAUAAAGCUAAUGAAUACCUUGAAUAGGAAACGACAA